AGGGAACGAAAAAGGUAGAGAAAGACCAAAAAUCACAUUAGUAGAAGUAUUAAAAAGUGACAUGUCAAUUAAGGGAUUAACAAAGAGCAUGACUUUGAGAUAGAAUAGAAUGGAGGAAAAGAAUACAUAUGGCUGACCCUAACUAUUCUAUCGAGAAUUCAUAACCAAUCCCAAAAUUUUGGUACUAAGGUUUUGUAUGUUGUUGUUUGUUUGCAUGUAAGUGAAGAUUUUUGUAUGUUGUUGUUUGCAUGUAAAUCAAGAUUCUUGCUUGCUUGAUGCAUGAUUGGCUUAUUGACGACCAUAGCUAGUAAAUACAUUAAUGGUAUAGGCAUCAUUUUAUGAUCCAUGGACUUUGUGUUGUUCUUCUGUUCAGUUUUAGUAAGCUUGAAAAGUUUGAUAAUUAUUUUGUAUGAAUAUGUAAUUUGUGCUGGUGGGGCCAGGGUGCAUUGUCAAGAAAGUGGUGAAGAAAGCUCAGAGACAGAAUCGGUUUAUUCACUUAAAUGCCACAUAUCACAAGAGGUGAACCAUUUGCAUGAAGGACUAAAGCAUGCUUUAAAAUCAGAAUUGGAAAAGGCUUCCCCUUCCUUGGGGCGUAGUGCAAUUUACUUGAAAGAGUCUCAUAUCAAUGGCCUGCCAAGGUACCUGACUGUUCAGUUUGUGCGUUUUUUCUGGAAGAGGGAGUCAAAUCAGAAGGCCAAAAUUUUGCGGAAAGUGGAUUAUCCUUUGGAGUUGGAUAUUUAUGAUCUGUGUUCGGAUGAUCUCCGCAAAAAAUUGGAAGCUCCUCGCAAGAUCCUAAGGGACGAGGAAGGUAAAAAGCUUGGUUUGAAAGCUAGCGAAAAGAGCUCUGGUUCUAAAGACAAUGAUGUCAAGAUGUCUGAUGCAGAGGGAUCAUCAAAUAGAAGUGGUGAACCAUCUAAAGCUACGUCUGAAGAAGGUGUUCCAUCCGAUAGCGGAACACAAAUGACUGGAAUUUAUGAUUUGGUUGCUGUGCUGACCCACAAGGGUAGGAGUGCUGAUUCAGGACAUUAUGUUGCUUGGGUCAAGCAAGAAAGUGGCAAAUGGAUUGAGUUUGAUGAUGACAGUCCAAUCGCACAGCGGGAGGAAGACAUCACAAAACUGUCUGGAGGAGGUGAUUGGCAUAUGGCUUAUAUAUGCAUGUACAAGGCCCGCGUUCUCCCUAAGUAAUCUUUCUCUUGUCUUUUAGCCUCAUUGAUGAGGUACCUUUUAAUUUAAAUUUCAGAGAGAUUAUUUUAUUAGAUCAAGGAUUGUGAAAUGAAUAGGAAUUACAGAUUUGUCUGUGUUGUAUCAUUGGUGUUGGUUAAAAAAUGUGUGUUACCGACCUUCAAUGUGAGGGUGUGAUUUAAAUUAUUAUUUUUUUUAUAAUUGAAUUUUAGACCAAAGAAAAAAAGUUUCAAGUUA